AUGAUGCACACCAGCUCGCCACGCUACUACGCUCCCCUGGACCCGCCGCACAACGAGACAGUCGCGGUUUCCAUCGGGCUUGGCGGCGACCGCUCCACGUCCAUCGUGCUACCACGCAGUCACGACGUAGUUAAGCACCUGGAGCAGCUCUUUCCAGCUAUAGCCGCGCCUCCGCCGCACCAGCAAAAAAGCUCGCAGCUGUUCACGUGUGCACGCCCGGCCGAAAUGGAGGUCUCCGACGACGAUUUGCGCAGUCGCUUUUCGCUCCCGAUCGAGCAGUCGUCGCACCUUCAGACACAACAGACCCCGCGCAUAUCGAGCUUGUCCCAGUACGUUCGCGCCAACUCGCGCUACGAAACGACCUCGACAAAGCAGGCGUCGAGCACGGCCUCUACGAACCUGCCGACAAACAGCCCCGUCUACCACUCGGACAGCUUUGCCACUGACAAUGGGUCGGUGCACGACCGUUCGCAAGGGUCUUUGACGCCCCCGCCUUCGCGUCGACGGAGUGGCUGCAGCAAACGCUGCCGGGUCGUAAGCUGCAAUAAGAUUCCAGUCAGCCGAGGCUUGUGCCGUGGCCACGGCGGUGGGCGUCGCUGCCAACAUGUGGAUUGUGCCAAGGGCGCUCAGAGCCGCAGCGACUUUUGCUGGGCUCAUGGUGGCGGGCAUCGCUGCCACGUCACGGGUUGUAUGCGUAGCCGCAAGUCCAAGCUCUACUGUGUUGCCCAUCUAGACCGGGAGAGCCCUGCACCGGUUUCUGCUGCUCUAGCUUGUCCCGCGUACGGGGCCUACGAAACUCCACGGGUGCUGCCUGCUAUGCCCAAAGACGCGCCUCCCACGAAUUCUACUGCUCAGGCAAACUACCCGCGUCUCCCCAGUCUAGUGCAGGCGUUGCGCAAAACGCGCCAGUCUGUCGUCCACACGAGGCAAAAGUAUGUUGUAGGAGAAUGA